UUGGCUCCAGCAUCUCGCUUCAAGGCUUGCUGGCGCGCACCCCUGCGAGUUUCCCCGCGCAGUCGACGCCUUCUGGUUCCAUGGCUCUAUUCCGUCCUUUCGCGUUGCUUGCGUUGUCAUGUUUGGUUUCAGCAGUUGUUGGGGACGGAGACGCCGCCCAUCCCUGCAACGACGGCGUGUGCCACGCAGAGGAGGAAAACGCUGCUCUUCUACAAAGCACGCUAGCGCCAACGAAGGUGAAGGUACAAUUGCCAGAAGAAUUGGUGCAGAAGGUCGAUGACGCAAGGCACAAGACGCACAUCAAGAUCAGAAGAGCCACCGUGAGGAAGUCCAACAGCGUGUCCGACGUGUGGGAUCAGAUGUCUGGUGCCGUGAAAAUCGACGAGCUCAAGGAGAAGCUUAAGACUGCUGCCAAGGAUUACGCCAAGCAGAAGCUCCAAGAGGAAAUCGAUAAGCUUGAAAAGGCGUACCCAGCCGCUUUUGAGAUCAAGGAUAAGUUCCAAAGCCAAUGGGACCAGAUUGUCUCCGGCGUGAACCUAGAUGAGUUGAAACAAGAGGUGAAAGAAUGUUCGGACGAUGUCACUAAGUGCGCUAAGGACAAACUCCCAAAGCUCCAGAGCCAGCUGGAGGAGGCACUGAAGGGCACCAACCUCGAGGGUAUCAAGACGCAGGCCGAGGAGUAUUGGAAUAAGAUCCAGCUGGAGCUGCCUGACAUGGACGACCUCAAGGAGGCACUCGGAGAGUAUGGCGGGCAGGCCAAAGAGGCCUGGGACGAAUUCAUGCAGACGAACGACUUCUCGUCGUUGACUGACGCAGCACAGAGCAUCGCCAACGAUGCUUGGGGCAAGGUUUCGGGGGCGGUAGGUGGAUGGUUCAGGUGAAGCGCGUGGGCAGUCGAUUCGAUCCGUUUGCGCGGCAGACUUCCAUCGCGUUGCUGUUUUUUGUCGGAUGUUGCGAGGAACAGCUGUCUCCACGAAGUUGCGUUGUAGUCAGAGGUGUGGCGACAGAGGCUUGAUCCAGCCAGCGGCCAGCGAAUUGCUCUGGGCUCGAUCUGGAGACGGCGCUGGCAGCUGACUGGCUUUUUGGAUCGUGGCCCUGUGGGCACACGCACACCGGCAAAGAGUCACCCCGGGAGGUGCGGCACAAGUGCGCGGUUGUUGCAUGUCGUUGGGGUUUCUGCUACCGGCGUUCUGACGUGCAUACUUGCACUACCUGAUGGAGUUGUUGCUAGCUGCGCACAGCUCAAAAGAGCAUCAGCAUGCUGUGCUUGGUGGACUCUGCUCGCGAUCGAGGUGGUGCCAGACUCACAGCAGCGACCGAAACAGUUAAGUGAGGGAAAUCAGUAGCCAUAUGCGCGGCCACAGAGGCAGCUUGAUCCAGAUCGAUGUGUUGUUGUAUCGUCUCACGGCAGCCUGUUAUUCAUUUUUCUUUGUGUGUGAGUUUCAAACUGCUCCGCACCCUGGCAGAUCACCUUCCCUUUCCGAGAUGGAUUGUUCAUUCGCGUCCUCCCUUCUCCUCCUCC